AUGUCAAACUCUAAUCCCCAGCCCGGGGCAGCAUCUUCCACAGAUAUCCCCACCAGUCCUGUCACCACCGAUGACAACAUACCAGCCCCGGCUCCGACCGGCAUCACCGAGGAGGAGAUCGAGCGUCUCGGCCGCCAACGUCCCGCCGCCUUCUCCUCGUCGUGGCACGAGUGGUGUUUUUGCGGCUCCAUCCUGGGCUCCAUGCUGAUGGCCGAGUUCUUCAUCAGCGGCUUCAUCAUCGUGCUCCCCAAUGUCUCCCAGAGCUUGAACAUGCCCCCGGGGACCCAGACCUGGCCGGCCAGCGUCUUCACCCUCGUCACCGGCGCCCUGCUCUUCGCCUUUGGCCGCAUCGCCGACAUGUACGGCGGACGCACCGUCUUCUUGUUCGGCAUGCUCUGGUACACCCUCUGGAUCCUCAUCGCCGGCUUCUGCCCCAACCACAUCACACUCAUCGUCGCCCGCGCCAUGCAAGGGAUCGGCCCAGCCGCCUUCCUCCCCUCGGGUGUCAUGCUGCUCGGCUCAACGUACCGUCCUGGCCCGCGCAAGAACAUGGUCUUUAGCAUCUACGGCUCCUUUGCCCCGAUCGGCUUCUUCAUCGGAACGUUGGCCGGCGGUGCACUGGCCGAGUUCCUGGACUGGCGGUGGUAUUUCUGGGUCGGUGCUAUUAUCCUCUUUUUGAUCUCGGUUGCCUCCUUCUUUGCGAUCCCAAGCCAGCCCAAGGAUCAGCCGCGGGCCAAGGAGGGCAAGGCAGAGUUGAAGAUGGAUUGGCUUGGCGUGGCUACCAUCCUUCCCGGCCUGCUUCUUUUCGUCUUUGCUAUUACGCAGGGUGCUCAUGCUCCUCAGGGGUUCGCUACGCCGUAUGUGUAUGUGACGCUCAUCCUGGGCGUUUUGAUCCUGGGUUGUGCGGUGUACGUGGAGGGUUGGGUUGCAGAGCAGCCUCUUGUACCCUUUGAUCUCUUCGCUCCCAAAUACAUGACUCCCAUGGUUCUGGGCCUGUUCAACAUCUACGGCUCUUUCGGAAUCUUCCAAUUCUACGCCAGCUUUUACAUCCAAGAGGUAAUUGGUCACCCACCCCUCCUCGCAGCAGCAUGGUUCAGCCCCAUGGCAGUCGGCGGGACCAUCCUCGCGGUGAUGGGAGGUAUAGUACUGCACCGGAUCCCAUCUCACCUCCUGCUCGUCUUUUCCGCAUCCGGCAGCCUCGCCUCGGUCCUACUCUUCGCCCUGAUCCCCUCCGACCCCGCCGCUCUCAACUACUGGGCGUGGGUCUUCACGGCCAUGAUCGGCGGCACGGUGGGCAUCGACAUCUCGUACAACAUCUCGAGCGUCUUCAUGACGACCGCGCUGCCCAACCACCGCCAGGGAUUAGCAGGCGCGCUCAUCAACACCCUCGUCUUCUUGGGGAUAGGCUUCUACCUCGGCCUGGCGGACCUCAUCGUGCAGACGACCAAGGUGGGCGACUCGGAAAAGGACGAGGCCGAGGGGUUCAGGGUUGCGUUUUGGUUGGGUGUCGGUUGCUCGGCUACGGCGUUGGUGAUUGCGACUUUGUUCACUCGCAUCGGGCGCAUGAAGAGCGACUUGACGUUUGACGAAAAGAUGGAGCUGCAGGCCGAGGCGGCGAGGCUGAACUCGCAGGUUGGCGGUGCUGGAGGGCAAGGUGAGACGGGCAGCGGGCCAAAGAAGGACGACAGGUCGACCUAG